AGCUUAGGCAGAGACUAAAACGAACGAAUCUUUUGGGUGGAAGAUUCAGUUCAUUUCGUUCACUUUAAAGAUUCGUUCAAAAAUAACGAAUCGUUCGGGAAUAACGCAUCACUACCACCUUCCACAGCGGCGAGACAGCCCGGAGCCACCCGCCUACAAGCCCGGAGUUACCGUCAACUGUAGUUACAUUACUGUUACUGGUUAGAUUUACCAUGGCCAGGUAUCUGAGGCCUCCAAACACCUCUCUCUUCAUUAGAAACAUCUCGGACGAAUCCAGGCCAGAGGAUUUACGUCGUGAGUUUGGUCGUUACGGGCCUAUUGUAGAUGUCUACAUUCCGCUUGACUUCUAUACUCGACGACCAAGAGGAUUUGCUUACAUUCAGUUCGAAGACGUCCGUGAUGCUGAGGAUGCCUUGCACAACCUGGACAGGAAGUGGGUCUGUGGACGGCAGAUCGAGAUCCAGUUUGCGCAGGGCGAUCGUAAAACGCCCGGCCAGAUGAAGACCAAGGAGAGCUCCCCGCGCAGCUUCUCUCGCCAUGACGACUACGAGCGUGAGGGUCGGCGCCGCAGGUCUCGUAGCCGCAGCUACGACCGGCGGCGCUCGCGGAGCCCAUCCUAUGACCGGCGGCCCCGCCGCUCCCCCAGCCCCCGGGAGUCCAGGUCGUACGGCCGACAUAGACGCAGCAGAAGCCAUGAAAACGAGCGGUACCGAGGCCCCCCCCGAGACCAACGUAUGCACCACGCCCCGCCCCUGCGCUCCCGUUCAGCUUCCCGCUCCGCCUCACCCCCCAGGGCGCGGCCCAAAGCCCGGAAGUCUCCCUCCAAGUCCCCCGGCCCCGUGGAUGACUUCCACCCCUCCGCCUCCCAGAGGCAGGCCCCCGGACGCUCACCCUCGCGCUCCUUCUCCCGCUCCCUCUCCCGCUCGCGCUCUCGCUCCCGGUCCUGGGCCGGACGCAAGUCUGGGGGCCACUGAGCUCUCCCCUCCCUCCCUCCCCCUUCCUGUCUCCUGAAGGCGUUGGUGUUCACUAUGUUGAGUACGGUAGGUAGCGAGUGCUGACUUCUGCGUCUGUCUCUCUGGUUCUACCUCAGUUGUCACGGUAGCGGUGGGAUGUGUGGCCAGUUUGGGAGGGAGACGGGGUAGCUUCAGAUUUAGGUUUACAUGUUAACCCCGCCCCCCGCCGAAGAUAUGAAGUCAAGUGUUCUAAAGUGGUUCAUUGGUCCCAUGCAGAGAUGGGGGGGGGGGGGGGGGAGAUGAGGAGAUGAGAUGACAGUGGUUGGCUCCAGAGUAGCCUGUUUGGGUUAGCUCCAGUUAGGGUUAGCUCCUGUUAACUCUUUUUGUACUUCCAUGUAACGGUGGGUGAAACAUCCUGUAUCAGUGGAAAUAUUUUUGUUAAAGAUCAAGUGGCAGCAACGUUUUUAUCAAUGUCAUUUGGAUUAUUUUUAUGGUAGUUUUCAGAUCUGUUGACAGUAGGUCUUUGUUAAUUAGUGUUUAAGCAAAUUCGACUUCCUUUCAGACCAAUUCUGUAACCAUCCUGUAUUCCUCUUGGGUCUGUUUGUAGCCCGUGCUAUGUGUGUUUAGCAGCGCAGAUUGUGUGACUGUUUGGCUACAUGUUUAUAAAGAACAGUUCUGUAAUUGCACCCUAAUGCAAGAUGUCUGCUUUCUGGAGUCCAUGUGACUCAAUUGUUUUCUUUUGUUUAUCUGCACGUGAAGAUCAAGAUCCAAAUCCAUAUAUAUUUUUUGAAGUGCCCAUAGUUAUUAUUUUAAUGCAGUUUUAUUACACAUGCUUUUUGCUCAUGUCAAUAAACCAUUCUAUUUCA